AUGGUACUAAGUGAUUACUCUCUCAGUGAGUAUAAUAGCCCGCACGGAACAUGGCAUUCGAACCAGGCAGGGCUCAGUAUUGGCCCUUACGGUCCAAGAACGAACCGUGAGACUAGCCAGGGCUAUCCGGCCAUAGCAGGCGCGCCGCCUUCCCGUACAGUGUAUCGAGGAUCUGAUGAAGGACGGGCCCUUCAAUACGUUAGAAAGGGUCUUACAUCCAGCAUUGCGACUCUCGAUGCUGGUGACUUUCAUCGGAAACCGAAAGAGGCAGCUUAUUUUACAUUGGAUGAAGACUACGCAGACGAAUGUGCACGACGUGGCAACGCUAAGGGUAUGGUAAUUCAACAAAGUGUUCCUUCUAGGAUUAUGGAUAAAGCAUAUGUCUUUCCCGAAGCGCCAACGGAUGAUUGGCGUAGCACCGUUCUUCAAAAUAGGGCGCAGGAUCCUCGGCCUCGGCACCCCCCGGCUGUCAGCGAAUCUCGACGCCGCGAUGUUGUUAUGGGCCCAAUUGCGCAGGUGGAAACAGGCGCUCUACUUCGUCGGACGCAAAAAUAUCGCUCAGGGUCUGACUACGAGUCUUCAUUCAGCCCUGUACCAGAGCGAUCAUCAAAUGACCACAACAUUGACGCGCAUCGGAGGGGACCUAGCUACGUACAGCAGGUCCGGUUCCAAGGGGAGGCGCUUGAUGAACUGGUGGAGCUACCAAGACAUGCAAGGCCCGCAAAGCCUGCAAGGCGGCGCCCAUGA